GAUGUCUAUCUUUGACUCGCUGGCCGGUUCACUUUUUUGUAGGUGAAAGGUCGCACUGCCUAAGGCUUCUGGGCACCCACAACAAUAGUUGAAGGUUCCAGCAGAACAUCAAAGGCAAAAGUUUAUAUCCGAAUAAUUUGGACUGUCCAUUUGUCGUCAUGGCACUGCUCAGAGGUGUAUUCAUUGUAGCCGCCAAGCGCACUCCGUUCGGCACCUACGGCGGCGUUCUGAAGGACCACAGUGCAACGGACUUGGCUGAGCAUGCGGCCAAGGCGGCCCUUGCUGCAGGGGGCGUGGCUCCCGAGCUCAUUGACAGCGUCAUCAUGGGGAACGUCAUGCAGAGCUCAGCAGACGCUCCCUACAUCGCACGCCAUGUUGGUCUCAGGUGCGGAGUUCCCAUCCCGGUCCCGGCUCUCACUGUCAAUAGGCUGUGUGGAUCUGGUUUCCAGUCUAUCAUCAAUGGGGCUCAGGAGAUUUGUGUGAAAGACUCUGAGGUGGUACUAUGCGGUGGUUCGGAGAGCAUGAGCCAAGCUCCCUACGCUGUACGCAAUAUCCGAUUCGGUACAAAGUUUGGAUUCGAUCUCAAGCUGGAGGACACUUUGUGGGCAGGUUUGACCGAUCUCCACGUAAAAAUCCCGAUGGGCAUCACGGCAGAAAACCUGGCAGAGAAAUACAAAAUCACAAGAGAGGAUUGCGACAAUUACGCAUACCAGACGCAGCAAAGGUGGAAAGCAGCUCAUGAGGCUGGCCACUACAAUGCAGAAAUUGCUCCUAUUGACGUGAAAGCAAAGAAAGGCAAGGUGUCCAUGGCUCAGGAUGAACACCCUCGUCCUCAGACCACAAUGGAACAGAUGGCCAAACUGCCAACCGUCUUCAAGAAGGGAGGCGCCGUUACUGCUGCUAAUGCUUCGGGCGUGUCAGACGGCGCUGCCGCCGUGGUGAUUGCCAGCGAGGAUGCGCUCGGUCAACACAAGCUCACUCCGCUGGCCAGAAUUGUGGCCUAUCAUGUGUCUGGCUGCGACCCGAGUAUCAUGGGAAUUGGCCCAGUUCCAGCCAUUACCGAAGUGCUCAAAAAAGCAGGACUGUCACUCAGUGACAUGGAUUUAGUGGAGGUGAACGAGGCCUUCGCCGCCCAGUACCUGGCCGUGUGCAAGGCCCUUGGACUAGACCCAGAAAAAAGCAACGUCAACGGAGGCGCUAUCGCCAUCGGACAUCCCCUGGGAGCUUCGGGGGCUCGCAUCACCGCUCACCUGGUUCAUGAGCUCAGGCGACGAGGCGGCAAGUACGCCGUGGGAUCGGCUUGCAUCGGAGGCGGUCAAGGAAUCGCCAUUGUCCUUGAAAAGUGCUGAGUUUGCUCCAGAAUCGCUAAGAAGAGGAAAGCCAAAAUGAUUCAGUCACAUGAUCACAUUCAUACAAAUGCUGCCUAUACUAUACACACCACAAUGCAUUUUUAUUUCUAAGCAUCAAUGAAUGAUUGAUUGAGACUUACUAUCAAGGUUGUGGUUUUCUGUUAACCAUUUGCAACAUCAGUCUAUUGUCUUUGAGAAAAAUAAUGUAUGAUAUAUGUUGCAGUCCAGUGUUGCCUUCCUUUAAUACGUUCAUCACAUAACUAUUAUGGGCAAUUUCUCACAUUAAAAUCCAUACAUGGCAUGCUUAUGUAUAAAUAAUAUACAUUUGCCAUGUAUUUCCAUCAAUCAUUUGUACUUGACAUCUCAUAUUUUGUUAAUUGAUCGAAAUAAAUUACAUUUUGGAAGUA